AUGUCAUCAGACGCAGCAGCGACUACAAGUUCAAACGACUUUAGUGCAUCCGCACAUCUACGAACCGGAGCACCAGACGGUAAAUUCGAAGAAAUUGGAGGUCGCAGAACAUAUGUCGCCCCGGCACCAGAUGGAUCCAAAGCAAAGACAUUGAUCUACCUCACCGACAUGUUCGGCGUGGACCUUCUGAAUCACCAGCUGCUAGCUGAUACAUAUGCCAAAGGCGGUUUCCAUGUCCUCAUGCCCGAUAUUCUCGACGGCGACGGCCUUCCCGCUGAAUUCAUCAAUACCGCUGAACCAAAGUUAUCAGCUCAAGAGAAGAUGACUGUUAUUGAGAAAGCGACGAACCACGCGACUCUAAUGGCCACCAUGGGUCCAAAGGGCAUUAAACACCGUGAAGCCGUUUCAAAGCCCAAAGUAGACGCAUUCAUAGCCUCCAUCCGUCAAGACCCUGCAAUCUCCAAAUUAGGCAUCAUAGGAACCUGCUGGGGUGGACGCCAUGCGGUCCUCCAAGCACGUCCAGAAACCGGUAUCACCGCCGUCGCUGCCCUACAACCUUCAUUCACUGCAGCUGGAGACUGGGAAGCAGUUUCGGUCCCAAUAUAUGUAGCAUUCGGCUCGAAGGACACGAUUGUCCCGGUAUCCCCAACCACUGCUGUAUCUCUCUUCACAGGCGAAGAUGCGGGUACAAAAGGUCCAACAUCGAUGUUAAGCCUCAGCGUCGACGGGAUCAUCGAUGUGAUGGAGAAGAAACUCGAUGUUCAGAAGGAGAUUCGGAUAUUCGAAAAUCAGGUCCAUGGGUUUACGCAUCGUGGGGAUUGGAGUUCAGAUAACGAUCGAAAAGCGAUGGACGAAGCUGCCGAAGAGGUGAUUGGGUGGUUUAAAAAAUAUCUUGCUUGA